AUGGGUCAACACUCCCGCCAUGAGUCCUACCCCUCCCUCUCCUCCUCUCGUGUCGACUACCUCCACCACCAACUCAGCCGCGGGGGGGAUGUAGCCUCUGUCAUCUCUGCUGCCAUAGCCACCCCCGUCGACGAUCUCGCCUGGCCGUUCGAGAAGCUCGAGGGGCUCAGCGAAGACGAUGUGAGACAGACAUCGUACGAGAUUUUCUUCACGGCGUGCCGGUCGGCGCCGGGGUUCGGCGGCAAGCACGCCCUGACGUUCUACUCGAAUUACGAGAACAAUGGCGCCGGUGAAGGUGGGAAGGGGAAUCAGGUGGUGACGAAGCCGACGAGCAGGGUGAAGAAGAUGCUGGGAUUGAAGAUGCUGAAGAGGUCGCCGUCGAGGAGGAUGGUGGCCGGUUUUGGUGUUAACGUCGGGGGAGGGUUGUCGACGCCGUCGUCGCCGGUGGCGGGAGGUAGUAGCCCUUCUAUUAACGGUUUGCUUCCACCGAUGAGGCCUCGGAGGCCGAUGACGGCGGCGGAGAUGAUGAGGCAGCAGAUGAGAGUGUCGGAGCACGAUGAUAAUAAGCUCAGGAAAACCCUAAUGAGAACCGUCGUUGGCCAAGCAGGGAGAAGAUCAGAAACAAUAAUUAUCCCUUUGGAACUCUUAAGGCACCUAAAGCCCUCAGAAUUCAGUGACUCCACUGAGUACCACAUGUGGCAGAGGAGGCAGCUCAAGAUGCUUGAAGCAGGUCUCCUCCUCCACCCAUCACUCCCUCUUGAAAAGAACAACCCAUUUGCCAAGCGCUUCCACGACAUCCUCAUCAGCAGUGAGUCCGGGCCUAUUGACACUGGCAAGAACUCAGAUACCAUGAGGACCCUUUGCAACUCUGUGGUUUCCCUUUCAUGGAGAAGCCAUAAUGGAACCCCCACUGAUGUUUGCCACUGGGCUGAUGGAUUCCCCUUCAACAUCCAGCUCUACACUGCCCUCCUGCAAUCGGUUUUCGAUAUCAGGGAUGACACAUUAGUCCUUGAUGAGGUUGAUGAGCUUCUUGAGCUGAUGAAGAAGACAUGGUCUGUGUUUGGGAUAACAUUCCCAAUUCACAAUGUGUGCUUCACUUGGGUGCUGUUUUAUCAGUAUGUUUUAACAGGGCAGAUAGAGCCUGAUCUUCUCACUGCCUCACAUAUAAUGUUGAAAGAAGUAGCAAAUGAUGUUAAGAAGGAAAAGGAUGCCAUUUUUGUUAAGAUAUUGUCAUCAGUUGUGAGAUCAAUGCUAGAUUGGUCGGAGAAGAGGUUACUUAAUUACCAUGAGUAUUUCAUGAGAGGAAAUGCUAACCAAAUCGAAAUCCUUCUUCCUUUGGUAUUGACAGCUUCCAAGAUUUUAGGUGAAGAUCUGACAAUCACAAAUGGGGAAGGGGGACAGAAUGGAGACAUAGCCAUAUUCAAAGCGCCCCAUGAGCGCGUUGAAAAUUACAUCCGUUCUUCCAUGACAUAUGCAUUUGACAAGACAUUUGAAGCAGUGAAUGCAAAGUCUGCUGAAUUUGAGAGAAAGAAAGAGUUGAGUGAAGUACUUCUUGAAUUAGCUCAGGAAACUGAAGGUCUGGUGAUGAAGGAAAGACAAAAUUUCACUCCAAUGUUUAAGAAAUGGCACUCAACAGCAGGCGCAGUUGCGGCGAUGGCACUGCACAACUGCUACCGGCAAAUGCUGAGGCAGUACAUAAAUGAAUUGACCUCACUGACCAGUGAGUCGGUUCAGGUAUUGCAUAGGGCUGCAAAGCUUGAAAAGGCUAUUGUCCAAACAGUUGUUGAAGACGCUACUGAGAGUGAGGAUGGUGGCAAGACAGUGGUGAGAGAGAUGAUUCCCUAUGAUGUUGAUUCAGUCAUAUUGACUCGUCUGGGAAAAUGGAUAUAUGAUUCACUGCAGAAAGCCAGAGAAUAUCUGCAAAAAGCAAAAGAAACUGAAACAUGGAAUCCGAAAUCCAAAACGGAGCCAUAUGCACAAUCGGCUGUGGAGCUGAUUCAAAUGACCACCACAACUGUGGAAGAAUUCUUCAAAGUUCCAAUACCAAUUACUGAAGAAUUAGUUCGAGCUCUUGCCGAUGGAUUGGGGAGCCUCUUCCAAGAGUACAUGAUGUUUGUUGCAGCAUGUGGUUCAAAGCAGAGUUACAUCCCGGUACUUCCACCACUGACAAGGUGCAGCCAGAAUUCAAAAUUCCUCAAACUGUGGAAGAAAGCCGCUCCAUGUGGUGCUGGUCAUAAAGAUCUGUACAAUGUUAAUAAAGCACAUGAAGGUCAAAAUCCUCGGCCAUCAACUAGCCGUGGAACGCAGCGCCUCUAUGUUCGGCUCAAUACCUUGCACUAUCUCCUUACCCAGAUCCAUUAUCUGGACACAUUGCUUGCUACAAACCCAGGAGUUGUUCCUUCAAGCCGCAUUCGUCUUGGGAAUAGCCACAGGGCUCAAAACAAUGGUUCUGUAUACUUUGACUCAAUCAAGAAGUCUAUUCUAGCUUCCUGCCAGCAUGUCUCGGAAGUUGCUGGAUACCGUCUCAUAUUCCUUGACUCUAGCUCUGUAUUCUAUGAUGGCCUGUAUUCUGGGGGAGUAACCAGGGGACAGAUUAGGCCUGCAUUGAGAAUCCUCAAGCAAAAUGUGACUCUGAUGUCCAAUCUUCUUAUAGAAAGAGCUCAACCAAUGGCAAUGAAGGAAGUCAUGAAGGCCUCCUUUGAUGCAUUCCUUAUGGUCUUGCUUGCUGGUGGAAACACUCGUGUGUUCCACCGGUCUGAUCACGAAAUCAUCAAAGAGGAUUUUGAUGUGAUGAAGCGAGCUUUCAGCACAUCUAUAGAAGGACUGAUAUCAGAACAUGUGGUGAAUGGAGAGGCUGCAGUGGUGGAGGGAGUCAUUGCAUUGAUGAGCCUCAGCACUGAACAGUUGAUAGAAGAUUUCAGCAUUGUCAUUUGUGAAGGAAGUGCCAUUGGUGUAAUGACAAAUGGACAAAAGUUACCAAUGCCUCCAACUACAGGUAAAUGGAAUAGGUCAGACCCUAAUACAAUAUUGAGGGUAUUGUGCCACAGGGACGAUAGAGCUGCAAAUCUCUUCUUAAAGAAGACAUUCCAAUUGGCAAAGAGAAAAUGA